AUGUCGAACAAGAGCAGCAAGGUCAUCAUUCUGACGGGCGCAUCACGAGGCAUUGGCCUGGUAAUAGCCCACUACCUUCUCUCCCACGCCGACAAGCACAGACUGGUGGUGACGGCACGCAGCGAGAAGCCAUUGAAAGAGUUGGAACAGCAAUACCCCGGCCAGGUGGCAGUCCUCACUGGCGAUGCGUCAGACCUGUCACUAGGUGGCAAAGCAGUCGAGCUCGCAGAAGACCGUUGGCAGCGGCUAGACGGCGUCAUAAUCAACCACGGUGUCCUGGACCCCGUUACGCGAGUGGCCAAUGCCAAAGCCGAAGACUGGCGCAAGGCAUUUGACAUCAACUUCUUCUCGGCCGUCGCACUGGUCCAAGUUGCUCUCCCCGCUCUUCGCGAUUCCAAGGGCGCCAUCAUCUUCACCUCAUCCGGCGCGGCAUCGAGAGGAUUUCCAACGUGGGGUGCAUACGGUGCUGCCAAAGCGGCUAUGAACCACCUGGCCAUGACGCUGGGCAGUGAGGAGAAAGAGAUUACAAGCAUCGCCAUACGACCGGGAGUUGUGGAUACGGAGAUGCAGAGAGAAGUCAGAGAGAAGCACAAUGGAGUCAUGGACGAAGAACACGUGAAGCACUUUGCCAGCUUGAAGUCCGACGGACAUCUGUUGAAAGCAGAACUGCCGGGUCAUGUCAUGGCGAAGCUGGUGCUGGACCCGCCACGCGACCUGAACGGCCACUUCCUUGAUUGGAAUGCUGGCGAGUUGAAGGCAUAUCAAGAGAUGUGA